UCUGGAUAUCUACCUCACACAGUUCAUCUUUGCCUUAGUAGAAUUCCCUGCACGUCUGGGCAGUUUGCCUCUCAUCCAGCACUUCGGGAGGAAAAUAUGUCAAGCAGGGGUCCUGUUGUUUGCAGGUGCAGCUUGUCUUGGGAUACUUGUUAUUCCAAAAGACCUUCCUGUGGUGGUAACCAUCAUAGCUAUAGUUGGAAAAUUUGCCGCCACUGCCAGUUUCUCCAUAGUCUAUGUUUAUACUGGAGAACUCUACCCUACCACUUUAAGGCAGAAUGGUGUAGGUCUAAACUCCAUGUGUGCUCGUGUGGCGGGCAUCCUCGCUCCGCUGAUCAGGCUCCUGGACGUCUACCAUUACACCAUUCCCAUGCUGAUAUACGGCAUCGUCCCCAUUGUUGCUGGGGGUAUUUGUUUACUCCUGCCUGAAACCCUCAAUGUUGAACUCCAGGACCACCCUGAUCUCCUAAAACCUGAGAAUGGGCCUCAGACGCGAUCCUUCAAUGAAGAGGAGCAAUCAGAAAAGAGCACCAAAAUGUAAUUUAUAUGGACGUAUAUAUAUACAUAUAUAGAAUAUAUAUAUAUAAUUAAUAGUUUGCCUGCUGUCAACUGAUAAAACGGAUUUAUCAGAAUGCAAUUAUCUAAAUGCAAAGCAUCAAUUGAAUCAUGUUGAAAUUAUGACACAUGAUUUUAUUUUUUAUUGUUACAAUCUGUUAAUAAAUGUUUUACUCCCGCAAAAGUUAUAAACUGUAUGAUAAAUUGGAUUUGUAUUUAUAUAUUAAAUGAUGCAUGUAUAUUUGCUAAUACACUUAUUUGUUUGAGUUGUUUCUUUAAGUUGUUCCUCUAAAUACAUGUUUUUAAAAUGAAUAAUACUUCAGGAACCUACACUGAACUGACUCCAGUGCAACUUCAGGUAAGUUGCCUGUUUGGCUUUAUACGCUGUAUGGUCUUCACUCUUGCUUUGUGCAUUCCCUCUCUUUUUUUGUAAAGUUAUAUUUCACUAUUAGUUAUUCUUAUUUUAUUGCCGUUUCACUGUUUGAACAUGAGGAUUGAUUUGCUCUCACUGCCUUCAAGUUUACUGUUCUCACUAUCUUUAUGACUAUGAUGAUCCUUUUACAACCCUUUCAAAGUUCUUGUGUCUAUUUUAUGCUUUGUAAACAUCAAAGGGUUACUCCAGCCAUUUAGUAAAGCAUCUUUAAGAGAGAAUUUAAUAAAUGGUGAAAGAUGUACUGCCUUAUUAUGAUCAAAUUAUAUUAAAAAUGUCUGGACUCUAUCGCCAAGCCGAGAUGACCCUGACAACCCUUUCCUAGCUUUGAUAAAGCUCUUUCAGAGUUACAGAAGACAUUUUACAACCGUUUUCACAGGAUCACUUCCCAAAAUAGAAAAUCUGAUUGAGGAAAUAGGUUUUGAUUCUAUGGCCAGCGUGGUCUUCAUGUGACCGUGUGCUCUUUAACAACUCUUCAAGUCUAUCGUGGCACAGAAGUGCACAUUUUAAACUGACAAAAUUAAAGAAAAAACACAACAAUCAGAUUCAAAAUGGCAUCUUAUAAAGGUACAAUAGGUACCUGCUGUCUUUCUUAUUCUCCUCUCAUUUAACAAGGGCCUAACUUAUACUGUGUAUUUUUGACUUAAAGAGUAGACAUAGACUACUGUGGGGUUUUCAUGUUGUAACCUGUUGAGCGAUAAGAAAAAGUGACCGCUAGUGUAUCUUUAUGGAAAUAUUGUGUUUUUCACUUCAUGGACACCGUAUUUGAAAGAUUUCUGACUCCACGUGUUUGUGACCAAUCAGAAAGAGAAGGUGGUGGUUUGGAGAUUGAGGUCGAACGACGACCCAACUCAGACUUUGAAGAGCAUUCCUGAUUAGACUUUUUUAAAGCCCUUUAUACACACUUCAUAAGUGCAGACUCUAAUUGAGAAAAGUACCCAAAGUAUUGCUCUAAAAGCAGGUGUGAUGCAACUGAUGAGGAUGAGCUGCACUCCAGCUGGACUUCAGCCUUAAGGAUCCUGACAUCACAUUUCAAUACUUUGGUAGUCUGGGAGGCCAUAAAAGCACUGUGAUUGUCAGUUUAAACAUUAACUUGCAGGACUAGAGUCAAGUUGACAGUCGGUGGCUGGACGUUUUCUUUUUAAGCCGGACCUUUCUCUGUCCUACGCUGAACAUCCAGAUACCAAAUAUGAGCAACUUCGGGCAGAUCCUGAAGGAGAUUGGAGAGUUUGGUUUGUUUCAGAAGCGUUUAGUGGCAGCGUUAAGUAUCCCCAUCGUGUUUACAGCUUUUGAUAUAAUCGGUCAGGUGUUCACGGGCCUGAGCUUCCCACAUCACUGUAACACUGACUGGAUCUUGAAGCUUGGGCCAAACCUGACGGAUGAGAGACAAAAUAAUCUCACCCUCCCUGUGAACAAGGAUGGGAAGUAUGAAAGCUGUGAAAUGUUCUCACCUGUGGAUUUGGAUUUGGAAAUAAUUGAAGCGUCUGGGAUGAACACUACAACUGGAUGCAUAAAUGGUUGGGAUUUUGAGGCCCCCAAAGGUGCCUCCAGCAUCGUGACAGAGUUCAACCUGGUGUGUGACAGAAGCAGUUUGAUUGAGGCGUCACAGUCCAUCUACAUGGCCGGUCUUCUGAUUGGAGCGCUGGUUUUGGGGCAGAUGGCUGACAGGUUUGGUCGACGCUUUGUGGUCCUGCUUUCACUCCUUCUCCUGCUGGUGUUUGGUGUCGGUGCUGGUUUCUCACCCAACAUCUAUGUUUACAUUGUUCUCAAAUUUUUAAGUGCCUUCUCCGUUUCAGGCAUUCUUGUUAAUGCAUUUGUGAUAGGUGGAGAGUGGAGUGAUUCCUCCAAGUUUGCUUUCUGCACCAUUAUCUGCAACACUGCUGUCCCUCUUGGACUGAUGCUGUUGUCUGGCAUUGCCUAUUUGAUCCCUAACUGGAGGAUCCUGCAGCUGGUGCUCUACAGCCCUCUUGUCGUUGUCCUGGGAAUCUUUUACUGGAUUCUUCCAGAGUCAGCUCGCUGGCUCAUCACUCAGGGCAGGAAGGAGGAAGCCAUAAAGGAGGUCCGGAGGGCUGCCAGGGUGAACGGAAGGGAGGUCCCAGAAGAUCUGCUCAACAAGCUGGACGAUGAGGGUACAUCCAAAAGAAGAAGCAUGUUGGACAUCUUCAGGAUAUCAUAUCUGAGAAAACGUGCGAUCAUUAUGAGCUACGUGUGGUUUGGAACAAGUCUGGUGUACUAUGGACUGAUCCUGAAUGUGGGCACUUUUGGUCUGGAUAUCUACCUCACACAGUUCAUCUUUGCCUUAGUAGAAUUCCCUGCACGUCUGGGCAGUUUGCCUCUCAUCCAGCACUUCGGGAGGAAAAUAUGUCAAGCAGGGGUCCUGUUGUUUGCAGGUGCAGCUUGUCUUGGGAUACUUGUUAUUCCAAAAGACCUUCCUGUGGUGGUAACCAUCAUAGCUGUACUUGCUGCAUUUGCCGCCACUGCCAGUUUCUCCAUAGUCUAUGUUUAUACUGCAGAACUCUACCCUACCACUUUAAGGCAGAAUGGUGUAGGUCUAAACUCCAUGUGUGCUCGUGUGGCGGGCAUCCUCGCUCCGCUGAUCAGGCUCCUGGACGUCUACCAUUACACCAUUCCCAUGCUGAUAUACGGCAUCGUCCCCAUUGUUGCUGGGGGUAUUUGUUUACUCCUGCCUGAAACCCUCAAUGUUGAACUCCAGGACCACCCUGAUCACCUAAAACCUGAGAAUGGGCCUCAGACGCGAUCCUUCAAUGAAGAGGAGCAAUCAGAAAAGAGCACCAAAAUGUAAUUUAUAUGGAAGUAUAUAUAUACAUAUAUAUUUAUAUA